AUGGGGACCCAGUGGUGUAGAAGAGUAUCAAAAGAAUUUUAACAUGCUGAUGGCAAAACUCCAGGAAACUGUAGUAGAAAAUUGCUUAGUAAUCUGGACCACUACUUUGCCUCUGUCACAGAAGAUGAAAGGAGGUUUUUUGGUACCUCAGUUGGAGUUUCUCAAAUACUCUUUACGUUUUCACGUCAUGGAAGCAAACCUUUAUGCUCGACAGGUAGUUGUCAAGCAUGGUUUUGAUGUGCUUGAUAUGCACUAUAACUUGAGGAUGCAAAUUGACCAGAGAGCAGCAGAUGGAAUUCACUGGUUGCCUCCAGCAUUGAGAUAUAUGACCAACCUCCUGUUGACCCACAUCUCCCUAGCCCUGGGGGUUCCUCUUCCACACAGGUUCAUUUCUGCAUUGAAUGAUUCAGAGAUGGAAACUAUGGCUAGUUCUGUUCAGGCUCAUUCUAAAAAUAAUGAUAGAGUGAACAAUCAGGAAAAUGGAGAUCACUUUGAUCACCAGCCUGAAGAGACCUGUCCAUCAGAAAGGGAUAUCCUAUUUAAUAAAAAUCAAUCUGUAGUCAGUCAAGAGGGGACAACAUUUACAAGAAAGAUUCAUUAUUAUGAUAAAGUCCAGUUAGAUCAGAAUGCAUAUCAAUCUUCUUCAUCCAAUGAUCAGCCUCACUUGCCAAAGAGAAAAUCACCUUUGCUGUUGCACCACAUCAAACCUUAUGAUCAUCCACAAACAGAUCCUUUUCAGGUAGCUAAAUCACAUAUCACUAAACAAGCUCAAACAUCUUUAAGAUCAAAUUGUUUUGGAGUAGUAGAAAAUAUUAACCAGCCAGUUGGUACUUCUCAGUAUUCUUAUAACCUAAGAAAAGAAAGUUAUAGACUACCUUGGAAUUCCAUCACUCAGAAAGGUUCCAUUUCAAAACAAACAGCUGAAUACCCUAAUGCACACAUGGCUUUUUAUCCAGUGCAUUCUUCUGUAUAUAAUGAAGACCAUUUGCAGUUACUAAAGACAGGCUUCUCCCAAUUAACACAUCAUUCAUUAGGAAGUCAUUUUGAUAAUCGCACCAUGCAGGAACGAUACGGUGGGCCUGUACGAGCAGCAUCAUGGAUGUAUAAUGCAACCUAAAACAAUUACCUUUUUUCUAACAUUAAGGUCUAUCAAUCAACAAAGUAUUGAAGGGGAGGGUUGCAUUUUUUAGGUCCUAAAUAAAGUUUUCUAUAACCAAACACUUUUCAAAUAAAAAUGACAUGAAAAUUUCUUAAAAACAAUCUAUUUAAGCAACCAUUAUAAAAUGGGCAAUAUUAGUAAACCCCAGCACAAAAAGUACACAACUAUCUGACAUAUGUAAAAAACGCACUUUUAAAUUAAUGUAUGGUUCCUAGAAGUUAUGCUUUAUUUCUAUAUUAUGACGAAUUUUUGUUAACAUUGCAGUGGAAAUUUUCACUUCAUACUAAAACUAAACUGUUUCUUGGAUGACAGACCAAAAUGUUUUUGUAAUUAAGUAUGGAAGUUCAUACAUGUGUUAUUCAAGAGUUACUGUAAUUUUGAGGUUUUGUUUCUUAUGCAUAUCUGUUUUUAGUUUUUAUUCCCAAGAGUUUAGUUGUUUUGCAGUGUACAGUCCUUUCUGACAGAGAAAAAACAAAGUAUUUCGGUACAUCAUAACUUUAAGUUACAUUUAUAAUGUUUAAAAACAUUGCUCUUAAUUCAUUGAUAUUUGUCUGUAAAGGUGCUUUACUGUAGCAUCAUCUUUUGAGUGUAGUAAAUCAUCAGUGAUGAUAUAUUUGUUUAUACUUGUACAGAGUUAAUAAAGACUUAACAUACUUUUCCAAGAUUUCAGUCUGCUUUCUUCAGAAA